CAAUGAGCUGUGUAUCACCGUACAGCUACAACACCGGCCUUGACUCGUGUUUGUACCUUAGUGCUGAAGAAGACAAAGAUACCUGGGAGGAAGCUGAUCAGUUCUGUCAAGACAUAGCCGGUCAUUUGGUUGUCGCCGAAACUGGUUCACAACAGCUGGCUUUAGGGGCGUUGAUUGGUUCAAACAUUGGCGAUUACUGGGUCGGAGCAUCGUGGGAUAGCAAUAUAGGCUACUAUGUCUGGUUUUCUGGAUUCGUUAUGAAAACCGCUACACCUUUAACAGAGGGAUGUUUAAAAAUUGACGAUACGGGUGUCUUUUCUGUGGGUGACUGCGGAAACGAUUUUAAGUUUGUAUGCGAGUCAAUAUGAACCAUUUGCAUUUUAUUACCAGAUGUUGAUGAAACUAAAAAGGAAAUGAAACUAGGACACAUUAUAUGUACCUACCUAUAUCUUAUAUCUGUAACAUUAAUAAUGUUCAAUUAAAUUGAUUUAUGGUUCAGGACUCUUUCGAUAGUCCUUUUAGCAAGACUCGGUAUAUUACAAAUCUUUAUUGUUCAAGUUUUAUUAAUGUGUGAAAGAUUGGUUUUAUACUUUUUAUUACUAGAUUUUUCUUCUAAAGGUUCAAACUGUAUUAUCUUGGUUGUUCUUUGUCGUACUCCAUAUUUCAUCAAUUUGUGUUUGACGUAAUGGUGCCCACAUAGGGCCAGAGUGGUCGAAUUGGGAUCUUACGAGGAUUUCAUAUACUGGAUUAAGUUAAUAAGUUUUCAAAAUCUGGAACGUCCUUAAUACAAACGUUGUGCUAACACACAAUAUGCUGUUUGCUUGCAAAGCUGUAGCAUUCAAAUAUAUCAUCAAUGCCGUACAAAAACAGUUCAAUACUUUAGUAUACGAAAGUUCUUUUUGAUCUUUUACUUAUACACACAAUACGAGCACUAGUGGUCCUAACAUUGUUGCUUCUAUCUAUUGUAAUUUUCUUUGCUUGUACAUACUGCUGAAAAUUUUAACAAUUUAAACAAAGAAAACACAAGCAUGCUUGGUAUUUCUAAAGCAAUACAUGUCCUCUACCGGCCCCGCUGGAAAUAGUAACUGUGACCUUGACCCCACAACACUGAAACGUGCACUUUAGCUACCUAUCUAAACUUACAUACCAAUGUUUACUUUAAUACUUUGAAGAAUAGCCGAUAAAAGAGCGGAAAAUGAGUGGACGGACGGAAAGAAAUCUCUUAUUCCCCGAUUUACGCGGUAAGGGACUAAAAUUGCGGAGAAUAUAGACAUUAAGUCAAAACGUUAAUGCCAAACCAAAAUCAACAAAACGAAGGAAAACACAAACAUCAUACAGAUUUAUAUGUUACAUGUUCUAGUACGGCCUUGAAUACAAUCAGUCUCGUAUGGAAGUCAAGUUCGUCAAGGGAGGGACACAAUUUGUUUCCGUGGGCAUGUUGAAAGUCUGUUGGAAUCAAACUUCAAAAAGAGUAGAAAUAUAUACUCUCCAAUGUAGUUCACAACUCACAACUAUGGUAUCAUAUCGCCGUCCGAUUUUCAUGAAAAGGAAAGCUCUCAACACAAAAUGGGCAUUAACUGAUCAAGAUGCAAUGUAUAUGCAUUUAGGAUUAUAUUGUAAUUUUCUCUUCUCUACGACCUUUUACUCUGCCAUUAAUAUGCAUGUAGAAGAAAGAAAAGUAUAAGUCUAAAUUUUAACUAGUAUGGAAACUAUACGUUUUCAGGAAAGUCACCUUUUCUUCUGUUAAUUUUUGUUAUAAUUAAAUUUCUUCGUAGGAAGCAUUUGUACCGUAGAAGUGCAUUACA